AUGUCCAACUACCAAUUCCCUCACUCCGAGGCCCCGCUCAAGACCGUGCAGGAGAUCCAAUUCGGCUUGUUCUCGCCCGAGGAGGUCAAGAAUAUGAGCGUCUGUCACAUCGAGUACCCGGAGACGAUGGAUGAGCAGCGCAUGCGGCCGCGUGAAAAAGGCCUGAACGACCCGAAACUCGGCUCGAUCGAUCGUGGGACGCAGUGCGCGACGUGCAAAGAGGUGCCGGAGAACUGUCCUGGUCACUUUGGUCACAUCGAGCUCUCGCGGCCCGUUUUCCACGUCGGUUUCAUCACCAAGAUCAAGAAGAUUUUGGAGUCGGUCUGCCACAACUGUGGCAAGGUCAAGACAGAUGAGCGCAACAUACAAUUUGCGCAAGCCAUUCGUCUCCGCGAUCCGAAACGCCGCUUCGAGGCCGUCCAUCGUAUCUGCAAGGCCAUCAACGUGUGCGAGCCCGAUGCUCCACCUGAAGAUGACGGCGGUUACGGUCCCGACCCGAAGAAGGCUCUCAAGACUCAAGGCCACGGCGGUUGCGGAAACGCACAGCCGGUCAUUCGCAAAGAGCAGCUUCGCCUCAACGGCACUAACAAAGCCGCCAAAGGUGAUGAGGACGAAGGCGGUCAGAAGCAGGACGAGAAGUUCCAGAUCACGCCGCAGUAUGCGUUGAACGUCUUCCGCAACAUCACGGAUGUGGACCUGGCCCGCCUAGGCUUGAACGCCGAUUACGCUCGGCCAGAGUGGAUGAUCCUCACCGUCCUGCCUGUGCCGCCACCAGCGGUUCGUCCUUCGAUCUCUGUCGAUGGCACACCUUCUGGUACAAGAUCUGAGGAUGACUUGACCUUUAAGCUUUCAGACAUCAUCCGCGCCAAUUCCAACGUUCGUCGUUGCGAGCAAGAGGGUUCGCCACCCCACGUCACGGAAGAGUUUGUGCAGUUACUUCAGUUCCACGUUGCGACUUACAUGGACAAUGACAUUGCUGGCGUGCCGAAGGCUGUGCAGAAGACUGGCCGACCUGUCAAGAGUAUUCGUGCCCGUCUGAAGUCCAAGGAGGGUCGUCUUCGUGGCAACUUGAUGGGCAAGCGUGUCGACUUCUCAGCUCGUACUGUCAUCACUGGCGAUCCCAAUCUCGAUCUCGAUCAAGUCGGCGUACCACGUUCUAUUGCGAGGACUCUGACUUUCCCAGAGACGGUCAAUGCCUACAACAUCCACAAGCUUCAGCAGCUGGUCCGUAAUGGACCAAACGAGCAUCCUGGUGCACGCUACGUUCUGCGCACGGAGGGUGACCGUAUCGACUUGAGGCGAUCAAAGAAUGAGGUUCAACUGCAGUACGGCUGGAAAGUCGAGCGCCACAUCGUCGAUGGCGACUACAUCAUCUUCAACCGACAGCCUUCGCUGCACAAGGAGUCCAUGAUGGGUCACAGAGUCAAGGUCAUGCCCUACUCCACCUUCCGACUAAACUUAUCGGUCACAUCACCAUACAACGCCGAUUUCGACGGCGAUGAAAUGAACUUGCACGUUCCUCAGAGCCAUGAGACUCGAGCUGAGGUCAUGGAAUUGUGUGCUGUUCCCAAGAACAUUGUCUCGCCGCAGAAGAACGGCCCUCUCAUGGGUAUUGUGCAGGAUACCAUGGCUGGUAUCUACAUGAUGACGAAGCGCGAUGUUUUCGUCGAUUACAAUCAGGUUAUGAACAUGCUGAUGUGGGUUCCGAACUGGGACGGCGUUGUACCUGCUCCGGCCAUCUACAAGCCGAAGCCGAUGUGGACUGGAAAGCAGCUUGUCUCCAUGGCUCUGCCCGCAGGUCUGAACCUGUUGCGAACCGAGAAGGGCGAAAAGGCGACCGCGAACAUUCCAUACCUUGAGAAGACUGGACUGCUUGUGCAGAACGGUGAACUCGUCUUGGGUCGCAUGGUCAAGAAGAUUGUCGGUGCUUCGCAAGGUGGUGUGGUGCACUACAUCUUCAACGAUAACGAGAAGGAUGGCCCUCGCGCUGCUGUGGACUUCUUCAACGCUGCGCAGCGUAUUGUCUGCUACUGGCUUCUACACAACGGCUUCAGCGUCGGUAUUGGCGACACCGUUCCUGGACCUGAGAUGGCCGCUGAUAUCGAAGCGGCUGUCAAUAAGGAGAAGGCGCAGCUGGUCGAGCUCGUGCAGGAUGUUGAGAACAAUAAUCUGGAGACUUUGCCUGGUAUGACGAUCCGCGAGACAUUCGAGUCGAAGGCGAAGGCUUUCCUCGAUAAUGCUCGUAAUUACGCGGGUGAUAUUGCUUUCAAUGGCAUGAAGGGCUGCAACAAUGUCGGCGUUAUGGUGCAGUCUGGAUCCAAGGGUUCGUCGACCAACGUCUCACAGAUGACUGGUGCCGUCGGCCAGCAGUCUUUGGAAGGCAAGCGUCUACCUUUCGGCUUCAAGUACAGGACUCUGCCGCAUUUCCCCAAGGACGACUAUUCUCCCGCCUCGAGGGGUUUCGUCGAGAACUCCUACCUUCGUGGUCUCACGCCUCAGGAAUUCUUUUUCCAUGCCAUGGGUGGUCGUGAGGGUCUGAUCGAUACCGCUGUCAAGACUGCCGAGACGGGAUAUAUCCAGCGUCGUUUGGUCAAGGCUUUGGAAGAAGUCAUGGUCAAGUACGACGGUACUGUGCGCAAUUCGCUGGGCGAUAUCGUGCAGUUCGUCUACGGCGAGGAUGGUCUGGACGCCAUGUUCAUCGAACCCCAAUCCCUCGACAUCAUCAAGGCUAGUGAUGCGCAGUUUGAGAAGCAGUACAAGCUUGAUGUCAUCAGCGCUACUUCGAAGGACUUGAUGCUCACGAGUGAGAUGCUGGAGAUGGCGGAUGAGAUUCGCGGCGAUGUCGACGUCCAGGAUCUGUUCGAUCAGGAGUUCGAGCGGAUUUUGAAUGAUCGCGAGAAGGUGCGCAAGGGGCUGGAUCCGAACGAGGGCGAGGAUCAGAGCAAGCAGCUUCCGCUCAAUAUUGAUCGGAUGAUUCGGAAUGCCAAGGAUAAGUUCAAGAUCAAGGAUGGGGCGAGGAGUAAUUUGGAUCCGAAGUAUGCUAUUCCUAAGGUCAAGGAGAUGAUGGAUCGCCUGAUUAUUGUGCGAGGUGAUGAUCCGCUGUCGUUGGAGGCUGAUCUCAACGCUACCCUAUUGUGCAAGGCCAACUUUCGGUCGCGAUUGGCGUUCAAGCGCAUCACGAAGGAUGAUUCAUUGACCAAGGACGCUUUUGACAACAUCCUGGGAGAUCUCGAGAGCCGCUUCUCUCGCGCUUUGGCUAGUCCGGGCGAGAUGGUCGGUGUGCUUGCCGCGCAGUCCAUUGGCGAACCGGCCACGCAGAUGACGCUCAACACCUUCCAUCUGGCUGGUGUGACCGCCAAGACGACCACCAAGGGUGUGCCGCGUCUGAAGGAGAUUCUGAACGUGGCCGAGAAUCUCAAGACGCCGCAGAUGAAGGUGUAUCAGCUCGAGGGGGCCAAGUCGAGCCAGGAGUCUUGCAAGAAUUUGCGCAGUGAUAUCGAGUAUACUUCGCUUAGGAGCGUGACGGAGGAGACGGAGAUUUACUUUGAUCCGGAGAUUCAGAGUACGGUUAUCGAGGCUGAUAAGGAUAUGGUGGAGAGUUAUUUUAUUAUCCCUGAGGAUAUUGACACGAGCGAUGCGCAGAGCAAAUGGAUGUUGCGUGUGGUUUUGGGUCGCCGACAACUUCUGGACAAGGGCCUCAGUGUCUCGGACGUCGCGGCUGCUAUCAAGGCUGAGUUCCCGGGCUCCAUCGCCGUCAUUUUCUCGGAUGAUAAUGCUGAUGAGCAGGUUGUUCGUAUCCGGUUGGUUAACCAGGAUAGCAAGGAUGACGAGGAGGAGAAUGAUCCGCCGGAGGACACGCUCAAGCGGUUCGAGAAUUUCAUGCUGGACAAGGUCUCCCUUCGCGGCGUCCCGGGUGUCCGUAAGGCUUUCGUCAGCAGCGAGACGAAUCAUUAUAUCAAGCCUGACGGGUCCAUUGUCGCCAGCCGAGCGGAUGAGAAUUGCAAGGAGUGGUACCUCGAUACCGAUGGGUUCAAUCUCCGCAAGACGCUGGCUGUGGAGGGCGUGGAUCCGCAUCGCACGACUUGCAAUCAUUUUGGCGAAAUCUUUAAGGUCUUUGGGAUUGAAGCCACGCGUGCGGCGCUGCUCAGGGAGUUGGCGGCUGUGUUGACUGGUGAUGGCAGUUAUGUCAAUUACAGACAUAUGGCCAUCUUAUGCGACGUCAUGUGUGCCCGCGGCACGCUCAUGGCGGUCACGAGACACGGCAUCAAUCGCUCGGAUACCGGUGCGCUGAUGCGGUGUUCCUUUGAGGAAACGGUGGAGAUUCUGUUCGAGGCCGCUUCGAGUGGUGAGUUGGAUGACUGUAGGGGUGUUUCGGAGAAUAUUAUCUUGGGUCAGCUUGCGCCGAGUGGGACGGGCGAGUUUGAUAUUCUGCUUGAUCAGGAGAUGUUGAAGACGGUUGUUUCCGCUGUUAGGCCGAUGGGCGUUUCGAUGGCGGCGGCGGGGAAUCCGAUGGAUGGUGCUGCUACGCCUUAUGAUACUGGGUCGCCGCUUGCUGAGGGUGGGUAUGCGAAUGGGGCUGGUGGACCGGAUUAUAGCGCUUCGUUCUCGCCUAUUAUCGAUGCGGGGCAGGCGGAUGGUGGUUCGGGGGGGCUGACGAACUAUGGUGGUGGUGGGUUUGGUGGGGCGAGUCCUUACUCUGGUGGCAUGUCCCCUGGUUAUGCUCCAACGAGUCCUUUCAGCAGCGGCAUGAGCCCGACCAGCCCGGGAUAUGGGUACUCGCCUACUUCGCCAGCGGGCUACUCGCCCACCUCUCCUGGUUUCGACGGCAUUACGUCACCAGCCUACCAGGUCACGAGCCCGAGGUUCUCGCCGGCCAGUCCGGCCUACACGCCUACAUCGCCCACUUACUCGCCCACCUCCCCGGCGUAUGGCGGCGGCAACAAGGUCUCGCCCACCUCGCCUUCAUACUCGCCUACUUCACCCUCAUACUCACCCACCUCACCCUCCUACUCCCCAACCUCGCCAACCUACUCCCCUACCUCCCCCGCCGGUCACGGCGGCGGCCGUCUAGCUCCCGGCUCCGCCACAAGCCCGAAGUACUCCCCCACCUCCCCACAAUACUCGCCUACUUCCCCGGCUUACUCGCCCACAUCACCCCAAUACUCGCCCACCAGCCCUAAGUACGGCGGCGGCGGAGCAGGUGCGGGUGGUAUGAGCCAGAGCACGAGCCCGACUAGCCCGAGCUACUCCCCUACCAGUCCCGUCUACAGCCCUACCAGCCCGGCGCAUAAUUCUUACUCCCCUACCAGCCCUAGGGAUGAUAGGAACGGGAAUGGGAAUGGCGCGACUACUACGGAGUUCAGUCCUACUAGUCCUCAGUAUUCGCCUAAGUAG